AUGGGUCAACUACGGUUUUUAUUUUUCUAUGGACUAUUGCACACCCAAGUCAACGGAUCUCGUCUGCGUCAGGAUGACUCCCCUCCUCGGAUCGUGGAGCACCCCUCUGACCUCAUCGUGUCCAAGGGGGAGCCGGCCACCCUCAACUGCAAGGCGGAGGGGCAUCCCGCCCCCACGGUGGAGUGGUACAAGGACGGGGAGCGGGUGGAGACAGACAGGGACAACCCGCGUUCCCACCGCAUGCUGCUGCCCAGCGGCUCCCUCUUCUUCCUGCGCAUCGUCCACGGCCGACGCAGCAAGCCAGACGACGGCAGCUACGUGUGUGUGGCCCGUAACUACCUGGGGGAGGCAGUGAGCAGAAACGCAUCGUUAGAAGUAGCAUUGUUGCGUGAUGACUUCAGACAGAACCCCCAGGACUUGGUGGUGGCAGUGGAGGAACCUGCCACCCUGGAGUGCCAGCCUCCUCGUGGGCACCCUGAGCCUACCACCUUCUGGAGGAAAGACAAGGCCCGUCUGGACCUCAAAGAUGACAGGAUCACUAUUCGUGGAGGGAAGUUGACCAUCUCCAAAACCAGGAAGAGUGAUGCAGGGAUGUACGUGUGUGUGGCCACCAACAUGGUGGGGGAGAGAGACAGUGAGACGGCUCAGCUCUCUGUGUUCGAGAGACCCACUUUUGUGCGUCGGCCGGUGAACCAGGUGGUCCUGGUGGAGGAGAGUGUGGAGCUCAGGUGUCAGGUGCAGGGAGACCCACCUCCCUCUCUACGCUGGAGAAAGGAUAAUGUGGAUAUACCCCGCGGCAGAUAUGACAUCCGUUAUGAGAAGGAGGAUUUCCUCCUGAGGAUCAAGAAGGCAUCAGCUGGCGACCAGGGCACCUUCACCUGUGUGGCUGAGAACCGUGUGGGCAAAGUGGAGGUCUCGGCUACCCUCACCAUCAGGGCUCGCCCUGUUGAGGCUCCCCUGUUUGUGGUGCGACCCCGGGACCAGAUCGUGGCUGAAGGGCGCACAGCCACCUUCCCCUGUGAGACCAAGGGCAACCCCCAACCCACUGUGUUUUGGCAACGAGAGGGCAGCCAGGAUCUGCUGUUCCCCAGCCAGCCAGCGCAGGGAGACAGCCGUGUGUCAGUGGCAGUGAGUGGAGAGCUGACCAUCUCCUCCGUACAGCGCUCUGAUGCAGGCUACUACACCUGCCAGGCCCUCACUGUGGCCGGCAGCAUCCUGGCCAAGGCUCAGCUAGAGGUGGCAGACGCCUCAAAGGACCGCCCCCCGCCCAUCAUCCGGCAGGGCCCGUCCAACCAGACGCAGGCUGUUGGGGGUGUGGCCCUGCUGAGGUGCCAGGCGUCAGGGGACCCGGAGCCCACCGUUACCUGGCUGAAGGAUGGCCUCAGUCUGCUGGGGAAGGACCUUCGCAUGGCCCUGCUGGAGCCUGGCAGCCUGCAGAUCCAAAGCACCAGGCUAUCUGACUCUGGGCUGUACACCUGUGUGGCCACCAGCUCCAGUGGGGAGACCUCAUGGAGUGCCUUCCUGGAUGUCAGAGAGUCCAGUGACCUCACAGACUCCAUGUCCCACAAUGCCAGUACCCUACCAGGGCCUCCCUCCAAGCCAGUGGUCACUGAUGUCACCAAGAGCACAGUCUCGUUGUCUUGGGAACCUGGGGCCGAGGAGGGUUCCCCAAUCUCCUCCUAUGUCAUUGAGGCCUUUGGUCAGCUGGUCAGCAACAGCUGGCAGACUGUGGCUGACCACGGGAAGACCACACAGUUCACGGUCAAGGACCUGCGACCCAACACGGUCUACCUGUUCAUCAUCAGAGCGGUCAAUGCCCAGGGUCUCGGAGACCCCAGCCCCAUGUCUGAGCCUGUCCGCACCCAAGACAUCAGCCCUCCGGUGCAGGGUGUCGACCAUCGACGUGUUCAGAAGGAGCUGGGUGAUGUGGUGGUCAGCAUGCAUAACCCUGUGGUCAUCAGCUCCACCUCUGUCCAGGUCACAUGGGCUGUGGAGAAACCUUCACAGUUUAUCCAGGGCUAUCGUGUUCUGUACAGGCAGACGUCAGGCCUGCCCUCCCCGGGGGCCUGGCAGGUGCAGGACGUGAAGGUCCCCUCAGAGAGAGACGUGGCUCUGUCUGGCUUGAAGAAGGGUGUUGUCUACGAGAUAAAAGUCCGUCCGUACUUCAACGAAUUCCAGGGAGCAGACAGUGAAUCAAUGACAGCACGCACCUUGGAGGAAGCACCCAGCGCUCCUCCUCAGCAGGUGACAGUGCUGACAGUAGGGAACCAUAACAGCACCUCCAUCAGUGUGUCCUGGGACCCCCCUCCCACAGAACACCAGAAUGGCAUCAUCCAGGAGUACAAGAUCUGGUGCCUGGCAAACGAGACCCAUUUCCAUGUGAAUAAGACGGUGGAUGCGGCCAUCCGUUCGGUGGUGGUGGGGGGUCUUCAGGCGGGGGUGCAGUACCGUGUGGAGGUGGCGGCAGGCACCAGCUCGGGGGUGGGAGUGAAGAGCGAGCCCCAGCCUAUUAUCAUAGGUGCAGAGCUGCGUGAUGUGAUGACGGGGGUGGAGGGCAACAACAGCAUCUCAGACGUGGUGAAGCAGCCAGCCUUCAUCGCUGGGCUGGGAGGGGCCUGCUGGAUCGUCCUCAUGGGCUUCAGCGCCUGGCUGUACUGUAGGAGGAAGAAGAGGAAGGGCCUCAGCAACUAUGCAGUUCAGUCCUUCACCUUUACCCGUGCAGUGACAUUCCAACGAGACAGAGGCCUGAUUGGAAAUGGAAGUCAUCCUGGUCUGCUGAAAGCCGGUGACCCAGGAUUCCCCUGGUUGGCUGACUCCUGGCCCUCCACCAGCCUGCCAGCAAAUGGGGGCAUGGGAGGUACAAAGGAAAGAGGAAACUUUGGCAGAGGAGACGUGCUGCCCUCUGGAGCGGGUGAAAAGACAGGUACCAUGCUGUCUGAUGGUGCUAUAUACAGCAGUAUAGACUUCACAGGCAAGGCGGGCUACAGCAGCCCAGCACGGGGCAGCCAGGCCACCCCCUAUGCCACCACUCAGAUCCUGCAUUCCAACAGCUUCCAUGAGCUGGCUGUGGACAGACCAGACCCUCGCUGGAAGGCUUCCCUUCGAGCCCAGCAGGAAAUAGCCAACCUGGGCUACUCAAUGACCGACGGACGCCCCUGCAACGUUUCCUCCUCAGGUGGAAAGGGCGGCAAGAAAAAGAAGUCAAAGGGUGGGACAAAGACCUCCAAAUCCAAUGGGUCCUGUUGGGUCAACAUGCCCCUGCCUCCCCCACCCAUGCACCCUCUGCCAGGCACCGAGGUGGACCACUACCCCCCAGAGAACCAUGGAGGAGGGUAUGACAGCGACAUCUGGGCCCCGCCCCUUCCUGUUCAGACGUACCUCCACCAGGGAUUGGAAAGCGAUCUAGAGGAGGAGCGAGUGCCCACCCCGCCCCUCAGGGGAGUGGCUUCCUCCCCGGCAGCAGCUCCCUACAGCCAACCGUCAUCCUCCUCCCUUAGCUCCACCCACCACGAGGAGAUGCAGUCCAUGCUGCAGGCCCACCUGGAUGAGCUGACCAGAGCCUACCAGUACCAAGUGGCCAAACAGACGUGGCAUAUGAAGGGCAGCCAACACCCACCUAUGGCCCCUGUCCCUCCGAUGGGGUACGUGUCUAGCACGCUUGGGUCUGACCUGGGAAACAACAUCCCGUGUGAGGAAGAGGAGGAGGAUGAAGCCUACGGAGUGUCACAUCAGCUCUGUGGCUUUGACUACACGGCCAGAUGCAGCAUGGACAACCAUGAGGACUCAGGUAAAGGUUACUCCCAGCGGGGUCGACCAGUCAGCUCAGGCUCCACAGAGAGCAGUGCUCUGGGUACACAGAGCCUCGGUCACCAGAGGGCCACACACACUGGACGCAAACCCCAGGCAGAAACUGUUGGGACACUGCCCCGCCGGAGAGACUCCCCCACAGAUGUGGCCUCUCCUACCCCUGAGCCUGUCCACAGUGUGGGGGCAAGGCUGCAUGGGUCAUGGGCGUCUGGGGGCUCGGACCCACCAGAGGAGUGUAUGGUCUCAACGCUGGAGCGGCAGCAUAUGGCCUCCUGGAGCGGCAGACCCUCUAACAUGGCCACUCUGGGCAGGACACGCCACAGGGCUGCGGCUGGGGCGGGCACAGACCAUCCACACAACAUCCACCCGCCUCCCAACAGCACCGAGCAUAGCUAUGGAGAACGAUGUAUGUAUUCAGGCUCUCCGUAG